AUGAAUGCUGUUCCUAUAUUUGCCUUAUAUUUGGAAGAUAAGGACGUUCCGGUAAAUGAAUGUGAGAAAAAAAAUAUAAUAUGGAAAUCUCACGUUGCAGAUGAAGUGCAGUUUGCCACAAUAUACUCAUUACAAAAUAUUUAUGAUCGUCUCGGAUUUUCAAAGCGAGGUCCGCAAGCUUUACAGCCAAUCCAAUGUUUUCCCACAUUCUCUGUACUUCUGCUCGAACAUAUUGAGGAAUGCACAACUGUCAACCUCCUCAUUUUCUAA